AUGUAUUAUAGAUAUGGAGACACUGAUUUUUGGAGUGCAGUAGUCAACGAUUUUCAUGAAAAAAUCCGCUCAGACCCACUCUUAAGACGAUAUUUUUGUAGGCUCCAUGCCAAACGACAAAUUAUUUUUGAUAGUGUCCAUUUCAUUGAAGCACAUUUGGUUGAAAUUUAACGUUUUUUUUUUCGGUAGAAUGUCUCACAAUCAAAAAGAUACAACCAAUUUUCGACCAAAUGUACUUCGGAGAAAUGCGCACUAUUAAAAGUGCACGAUCAUUGGAUAUGCACCCAUUUUUGCAGAAGGUCUCAAGCUGAAGUUCAAAUGAUAAACUUUGCAAUAUUGAAAGCAGGACUUGGGCUUGUUGAUUCUGGCUAUGAAGAUGUUGUAAAGUACGCUCAUCAAAGUAGAGGUAUCCGUAAAGAGCACUUGGACAGAUUUUUUAUAUGUUUGAAAUCUGCUUUAGACCAAGCCAAUGUCCUACCGGAAGACGCUGAAACUAUUAUUGCCAACCUGUCCAAUUAUUCUAGCUUGCUAAUUGAUGAAACAAGUAGUGAAGGAGUUGAGGAAGACGAAGAAAGCUAA